CCGUAUUCAUCAUUAUCUAUGUUCUUUUCAUUUAUUUUUGGACUAUUACAUUUUAUGUAAAAAUUUUAAAAAAUAUAUAAUAAUUAGAUGAAGUGAUUUGAGAUUGUUGUGAAAAAACGAGGCCCUACUCAACUCAUUCUCCAAUUUUGUUUUUGGCUUGAGUUGUCUUCCAUGGUUUUUUAUUUUUAUUUUUAAAACAGUUGUCUUCCUUGGUCGAUCGAUGUUAAUUCCUCACAAUUGAAUGACCGUGUCGAUUUGACGAUUUAACUGAAAGCUAUUGUUAACACCGAGUCACGCCCGGCCACCACAGGAAGCUCAAAAGAAAUGGCGAAGAAUGCUAAGAAGUCCCAAGUUUCUCCCUCGUCUCGAGCUUCUGCCUCUGCUACGGUCCCCAAGAGAGCAUCCGAUGAUCAGAUGGCAUUGAGGACAAAAUCGAGCGAGGGGAUGAAGAGGUCGGCAAGGCCGAGCAAAGUUAGCGUGGAGAGAAGACCCAAGUCUGCAAAAAAGACCAAAACAAAACAUAAGAAGAAAAAUGAUAAAUCUGAUACUAAUAAGCCAAAGAAACCGCCAACAGCUUUCUUCUACUUCUUGGAAGAUUUUCGUAAGGAUUUUCAAGAGCAGAACCCAAAUGUCAAGUCAAUGCGUGAUAUUGGCAAGGCAUGUGGAGAGAAGUGGAAAACAAUGACAUAUGAGGCUGGUCGGUUUGGAAUCGAUGGCAAAGUUAGAGAUUUGUCUCGAGGAUUAUUCUGCUUGAUUAUUGCUGGGGCACUGUCAGUAAAAGUGGUGCCAAUCUGAAAGGCAGUGCUGGUUAGGGCCUCUUGCCUCCGUCUAUUUCAGGGUUGCUUUCACUGGAAUCCUUCCAUUUUCUUCUACAGUAGGUGUAGAGGCAGCCAACAAAAUUUGAGUUUUUAGCCCAAGUUAUUAUCCUAUUGUUGAGUACUAAUAUUUUUUUUUUUCAAUUUUUGCUUUCAAGCUGAUAUUUUAUUGUAAUUUCUAUGCAUGUAAUUGAUACUUCAUUCUCAUUAGAUUUUUCUAGCGAGUGCACAAGUUUCUGUUUGAAACAAAAUUCUAAUGUGGUAAUGAUAAACAGGUGCUGCUAUCUAUGUGAUUUCCUUUUUUUUCUCUCUCUCAUAAUAAAACUUCUGAUUUUCUCCCUUUUGACUUUUGGUUCUGGGUCUGUGAUUGCUUGAUAUUUUGCUAAUUUUUUUAACUCAUGCAGAAAUGUUGAGGUCUGACUUGAUUUGCAGUGCCGCACAAGUUUUUUUUAAUGGUCUCUUUCAAGCUUAGGAGUGCCUUAGCAUUUAGAGAAUUGUA